AUGGCGCCCAAGAAGGAAACGAAAAACGCCCUCGUCGUCGAGCGCCUCCACGUGAUCCUCGCGGACGCGGAUUUAGAGACGAUGACCGUCAAGAACGUCCAGGCGAAGCUCGAGUCCGAGCUCAAGACCGAUAUCGAGCGCGGCACGAAACGCAAGGCGGACGGCUCCGGCGGCAAGGCUGGGAAGAAGUCCAAGGACGACAAGAAGGGUAAGAAGCGCGGUCGCGGCAAGGGCAAAGACGUCACGGACCCGAACAAGCCCAAGGGACCCAAAGGCGCGUACAUGUGCUUCGUGCAGAUCGCGCGCCCGAAGAUCAACGCGUCGCAGCCCGGCCUGAAGUUCGCGGAGAUCGCGAAGCAGCUCGGCGAGCAGUGGAAGUCCAUGGACGCGCCGACGCGCGCCAAGUACGAUAAGUUGGCGGAGGACGACAAGUUGCGGUACGCGCGCGACAUCGCCGCGUACGUGCCCAUGGACGCCGCCGGUCUUGACCAGCUCAGGAAGGAGAAGCAGGCGAAGAAGUCCGCGGGAGGGUUGCAGAAGCCGUACAAGUGCACGCCCGCGCUCACGAAGUUCCUCGGCGGGGAUAAGACGAUCUCGCGGGCGAACCUCACGAGCAGACUGUGGUCGUACUUCAAGAGCAAGGAGCUCAUGGACCCGGCGAACAAGCGGUGGGUCGUCGCGGAUAAGCAGCUGAAGGACCUCCUCGGCGUGGACCGAUUCCAAGGGUUCACGGUGUCGAAGUACCUCUCCCAGCACCUCCUCCCGAUGGACGCGUGA